UGUCGGAUCCGUAUUAGCCCAGCUUCAGUUCCUACAUGUCAGACAGAUAAAUGUGUAGGUGAGUGAGUGAAAUAUGCUCUUAAUUAAACAAGUAUUUCAUUAAAAAUAACACAACUGCAAAUUCGUGCGUUUUCUUAACGUCAGUUAAGAGCAUCAACGUUGAACAUCUCUUUCGGCUAAAGCUUGUGAUUGGGCUGAUUAGCUAAGUGGCUAAGAGCUGCUCGCAUGGCUGGCAGCAGGAUGAAGCUGGAGCUGUCCCGUGUAGUUCAGGGAAGAGGUCGGCUAGGUGUCCUGAAGGAGCUUGGCAAGACGGGGCAGUGCUCUCUGGAAGUCCCGGGAUGUCUGCUGCACACACACCUGGGCACAGUGCCCCACCUCACCCAGGAAACACUGCGCACCCUGAGCAACCUCCCCUCUGUCACUCAGGUCACCCUGUCCAAUAUAGCAGAGCAUCAGGAAGUAUUGGAGGAGUUCAAGGAUGGAGUCACGAAGUUUGCAGGUCUUCAUGAUACUGUGUUGUACUGCUCGCUUCACGACCCUGCGACUCCCUGCCCGACGGGUUACACCACUAACAAGACGGUGUCCGUGUGGGGCAGCGGUGGGCGGAUAGAGCUGACUGUGGCCAAGUUCAUGGCUCUCCAGAAGACCGUGCAGCCAGACUGGUACCAGAGCAUGGCGGAUGGAGAGACGUGGCUGAACAACACCUCCCGCAAAAGGGUUCGAAAGUCAGUGGAUCGAACUCUUGCCCACUUGGAUGAGUGUCUGUUGGUUCACCAACAAUCACAGGAGUUGGAGGGAGUCGAGGUGUUUGGGGUGGUCGAGGGAGGAGACAUCCUGGAAGAGAGGGUGCGCUCAAGCAGGGAGACAGCCAAGAGGCCUGUGGCUGGAUUCUGCCUGGACGGCCUACAGACAGGCUCCAUGGACCAGGCCCUGAGGACCCAGCUCAUCACUGCUGUGACCAAGGAGCUGCCUGAGGACAAACCUAGACUGCUGCAGGGUGUAGGACGACCGGAUGAGGUGCUAGCAUGUGUGGAGGCCGGUGUGGACCUGUUCGAGAGUUUCUUCCCCUUCCAAGUGACAGAACGAGGCUGUGCUCUUAGCUUCAGCUUCGACAUCUCCCUGGACCCAGAGCUUGCAGGUAGAGCGCCCCCUGCAGUGCUAGAGCUGGAUGAAGAGAGGGGCACGUCGGGAGAGACGCAACAGAAUGGAGAUUUAAAUCCUGAUGAUCAGUCGCUGAUGACAUCCUUUGAGAUCAAUCUCAAAGACCAGAGAUACAAAGAUGACUUCAGGCCCCUGGUUGAGGGGUGUGUCUGCUACUGCUGUCAGAACCACCAGAGGGCGUACCUACACCACCUGCUGGUGACCAAUGAGCUGCUGGCUGGAGUAUUGCUCAUGAUCCACAACACAGCCCACUAUCAUGCCUUCUUCAGCGCCCUGAGAGAAGCUCUGGCCAAUGAUAAACUGGACGUCCUUAAGACACGUGUACUUGGGGAGAGCGGCGGCAGACAGAAAGAUUUGACUGAUACUGAUAAAUCAGAAUGAUAGGAGAGUGAUUUAUCCUGCUUUUCCUCUCAAGGACCACUGGACUGACAAGGCCAGACUCAAUCAAAGCGUUGCCUUACUACUGCAGAGACCUUGAGACCAAGUCCUUCCAUAUGUCUCUGAAGUUACGUCUCAGAAGCACGUUUAAAAGUGGAGGAUGAGAAGACAACACCGCAUGUAAAGACGACCAUUUGAUGUGUGUUCCUUGGAUUUGUGUCCUGGUUUCGCACCAGGAGCGACUUCCUUAAGCCUGCUAUUGAUCAGAGCAGAUAGCCAGGAGAAGUCAGGGCGAGGUGGCUGUGAAGGAAGGAUAUAGGAGGUCAAGAAGACUUUGCAUAAAGAGGGAAAUGUACGGAUGGAUGGUGGUGUACUAUCGACAAUGACUGAAUCACUUUCAGCUUCCUGUUGUGGUCUUACUGCAGGACAGCAGUUAUCUAAUAUCCUCUGAACACAUUGACAUAAAGUAUAGACCACAGGGAGAAUCAACCAGGUAUGGGAGGAAAAUAUUUCUGAAAUAGAUCUUUCUUUUCUACUGUUAUACAUUAAAACGUAAUUUGUAUAAAAUGAUUUCCCUGAGGCUUUUUGUCAUUUCAUACUUUAUUAAUCUCUAUCCGUGAAAGAAUUGUCAUGCGUCUUGUGCAUUAUUAAUAUUUGUAAUGUUUCAGUUGAAUGAGCUUCUCGCACCCAGUAGUUUCACAUCAUGUACGAUGAGAUGGUGUCACAAUAAAGACGCUGCUCUCAACAUG